AAUUGCGCCCCCACCUCCGCGCUGCUUGUCACGCGCAUGCGCAGCCGUUCGCUCGGAGUGGCUGCUCGGUCUGUUUCGGGAUUGCCCGGACAUUUUCGCCUCUUUGUUUUACUGAAAGUACAUUUAACUCGGAUUCAACCCAAUAUCUAGCGGACUGUUGUGCUCUCGAACAGGUCAGUUGCCCCUCAUGAAGUCUCCUCCCGCGAUGCACAGCUAACGCCGCUAACCCGCCGGAAGAGAGGUGGUCUUCACGUUGUCAGUCGAAGAUACAUGGCGGCUUUAGGGAACCCUGAGAUGCUGACCAGGAGGAUCAAGCUUUGGGAUAUCAACGCCCACAUCACCUGUCGCCUUUGUGAGGGCUACCUGAUUGAUGCCACCACCGUCACCGAGUGCUUACACACCUUCUGCAGGAGCUGCUUGGUGAAAUACCUGGAGGAGAAUAACACCUGUCCCACGUGCAGGAUUGUGAUUCAUCAGAGCCACCCCCUUCAGUACAUCGGCCAUGACCGAACGAUGCAAGAUAUUGUGUACAAACUGGUACCUGGACUUCAAGAAGCGGAGAUGAAGAAGCAGAGGGAGUUCUACCAGAAGCUGGGGAUGGAGGUGCCGGGAGACGCCAAGGGCGAACUGUGCAGCCUGAAGCCACCCCUCGACGACCAGCGUAAUGGGGACGUGAAGCCUGAGGAUGCGGCCAACAAGGAACCCGGCGAGGACAAGCAGGAGGAGGAAAACGACUACCACAGGAGCGACGAGCAGGUGAGCAUCUGCCUGGAGUGCAACAGCAGCAAGCUGCGGGGUCUGAAGAGGAAGUGGAUCCGCUGCUCCGCCCAGGCCACCGUGCUGCACCUCAAGAAGUUCAUCGCCAAGAAGCUCAACCUGACCUCCUUUAAUGAGCUUGACAUUUUAUGCAACGAGGAGAUCUUGGGCAAGGACCACACGUUGAAAUUCGUAGUCGUGACAAGAUGGAGAUUUAAGAAAUCUCCUCUCCUGCUACAUUACAGACCUAAAAUGGAUUUGCUGUAGAUGGACAGGUCGGUUGUUUUUGCCCCCCAAGACGGAGACAGCUUCAUGAACUGAAACGAUUACUGUCCUGGGGCUGCACGCAGGCCGAAUGGCACACCAGCGUAGCUCAGCGCCGGGUAGCCCACCAGGAUUUGCGGUCCUCAGUGUUGAGGGGUAUGAAAACAUCCAUUUUCGUCCUCUACCUCCUAGUUAUGUGAACAAUGAGGAAGAAUAAAGAUAUUUAUACUUUUGUACAGAAGAGAGAAGAGCCGCCCAGACACUACUGGUAUUCUGUUUACAAACGGAUGAGGAGAUAGCAAGGAGGUUACUGCUUUUUAUACCCAAACUCCCCUUCCGUCUCCCUGCCUUUCCGGUGCAUGGAUGUCAACUCUGACACCAACAACGUGGGCUGGAGAACCUUUCAACAAGCCCCUUCAGGUUACACUUCUCAAGUCUUUGGAGCACAGAAAGUAUAUAUAAUUAUAUAUAAAAAUAUAACAAUUUCUAAACUGUCGGAGUUUUGUAACGUCUCCAGGACUUUUUUUUUUGUUUGUUUUGGUUGUUGCUUUGACCCGUUUGUGAAUAGGAUGAAUUUGAAAAAAGUAGUAAUUUAUGUUCUAUAUUCCAAUAUUGUACAUAAAAAAAUGAGGUCAGAGAGUUUUAGGUAUGUUUUCCAGAAGUGCUGUUGGAAAUACGCGUGCGUUGUCAAACCGCAAUGUCAUUAACGAGAGGGGUGUUUGUUUUUAUUUUUGUUUUUUAUUUUUUGUGGAAAUUUAAAGUGAAAUGUAUACCAGCUCAUGUUUCACGUGACUUGGAUAAACUAUUUUUUUUUGCCUAAAAAAGCUUCCAAAACGGCUUUGUUCCUUAGCAUUAACACCCAGUUCAAAGUUAACUUUUGUCUAUUUGAUGUGUUAUUUUAUUAUUAUUAUUAUUAUUAUUAUUGUUAUUGUUUUUAACCUGUGUUCUCUUGUAUUGUGUUGGCCUCUGGUUCCCUUAUGUCUUGAAAAGGCAAGCGUCUGUUUUUAGUAUUCACAUCCUGGGUUCCAUUGUGUUUCCCCGUUCUCCUGGUAUAAGAUGCGCUGACAUGCCAAGCAGCCUGUCAGAGUAAUAGAGAAGUACUCUUCUCCCAGACGAUGUU